UCCGCCGUUAGGGCUCAUUAUGCAGCAGCUCCGUGGGGCCUGCGCAGCCCGCAUCCCACCGCCCAGUCCCCGCCCACCGCGGAGCUCGGUGACGAUAAGACCCCCGGACGGCCGCUGCUGCUCCGGCAGUCAUCAAGCAGCGACCGCGCCUGUGUGGAGCCGAAACACGCCGAGAUCAGCGCGGAGGGGCAAAAGGUGUCCUUAAAGGUUGCAGUGACAUGGACAACAGAAGUGGUUCCACACCCUGCAGAGCUAACACGGCAGCCAUGCCCGAGCUGCCAAGGUGAAAAUGACUCAGAGAAAUGGAAUCAGGGGAGCGAGCGAUCGUUCCCUCCACUCGGAGGCCUCUGAGGCUUUCAAAGGGGCCAACGGCAUGGAGAAAGUUCAGGAGGCCAACGACGGUGAAUCCGAGGAGAGGCGGUCGGGAGGCGAAGCCAGAGACUCGGGGCCAGCAGCGGGGGCAGUAACGGCUCCAGAUGGAGGUUGGGGCUGGGUGGUGCUGGUUGCCACCAUCAUAGUCCUGGCGUUGACCCUGGCGUUCCCCUCCUGUGUGGGGAUCUACUACACCGACCUGCAGAAUGAGUUCCACGCCUCCAACAGCGAAACCUCCUGGGUGCCCUCCAUCAUGACAUCAGUUCUGCAUGCAGGAGGUCCCUUUUGUAGCGUGCUGGUGGGGAGGUUUGGCUGCCGAGCAACAGUCAUGUUAGGCGGAGUCCUGAGCGGGCUGGGAAUGGCGGCCAGCUCGUUUACCCGGUCCAUCACCGAGCUCUACAUCACCGCCGGGGUCAUCACAGGACUCGGUUUCUGCUUCAGCUUCCAGCCAGCCGUGACCAUCCUUGGACACUACUUUGUGCGCCGCCGUACGUUCGCCAACGCCCUGUCCUCCACGGGCACGGCCCUGGGACUGUGCACGCUGCCUUUCCUGGGAAACUACCUCCACACCGAGUACGGCUGGAGGGGCAGCUUUCUGGUCCUGGGGGCCGUUUUGCUGAACUGCUGCGUUUGCGGAGCCGUCAUGAGGCCCCUGCAGCCCAACAGGCCUCGAGGGCAGCCGCUGAUGAACCACGGACCCCCUCCUCCCGACGAGGACAACGGCAGGAAGGAAAAGGGGGCGGUGAGGACGAUAUGGAGCUGCCUGCUGGCCACCCUGAGCAAACACAUGGCCUUCGAUCAGUUCUGCAACAACCCGCGGUACUGCGUGUACGCCAUCGGCAUCACGUGGAUGAUGCUGGGGUUCGUGGUGCCCCUCAUCUACCUGGUUCCUUACGCCACGGCCCACGGCAUGGAGCAGAGCCGGGCAGCUUUCCUGCUCUCCAUCCUGGGGAUCGUCAACAUCGUGGUGCGGCCUCCUGUCGGCGUCCUCUUCAACCUGCCCUGGUUCAAAGGACGACACAUCUACGUGUUCGCCUUCGCUCUGCUGGUCAACGGGCUCAGUAACAGCAUCUGCUCCAUCGGGCCCGGCUUCUCCGUGCUGCUGGCGUACGUGGUGAUCUACGGUCUCUCCAUGAGCAUGGUGGGCUCCCUCAUGUUUACCGUUCUCAUGGAUACCGUGGAGAUGAGCCGCUUCCCCUCCGCCCUGGGCCUCCUCGCUAUCAUGGAGAGCAUCACGCUGCUCAUCGGGCCGCCGCUGGCAGGAGUUCUGGUGGACAGAACAGGCCAGUACUACCACGUCUUCUUCGUCUGCAGCGCCAUCGUUGCCUCGUCCGCGCUCUUCCUCAUGGUGUCCUUCUACCUGCUGGCUAAAAAGGAGAGGAAGGCGCUGCAGCAGGGUCAACCCUCCACGCCGGCCGAAGCCUCCAUCGAGGUGGCCCCCGGCUGCCAGUACCGCAGCGUCCCCACAGAGGGCGACAAAGACAAGGCCUCGGCCAAUGGGGCGGAAUACAUCACCAGCGUCUGAACCCUCACACUGUGGGUCACCUUCAACACGUCGCACUCCGGCUCAGACGGCUCGGCAGAUGAUUCCUAAUGUUUGCGGGCAGCUCGCCAGGUGCUGCAGAGUUUACUUUAGUGUGGUUGGACGACCUUGUGCUGUCCACCCCUCCAUAGAAGUCCAAACGAACGGUUUGCGCCGUCUGGCCGCGGUUCCAUACCAAAAUGAACAGAUGUGCACUUAGAACUACGAAGUGAUUGUACUGUUCUCUUGUAAAAUGCUGCUGAUCUUAUGACACAAUCUUUCACACUCAGUUUUAUCAAGUCGUGACGCAUACAUGAUCCCGUGUUUUAAAUGGAAAUCACAGCUAGACGAUGGCUGGAAAAGGUGUUUGAGGAAGAGGUACGUUCCUGUUGGUGAUGAUCCAGCAGGAAACGUGUUCAAGUGUCAAUGGCUGGUUUUAUUUUAAAUUUGUCUUAUUGUAAACAAAUCCUACAACACUAAAAGCAACCCCCUUUAUAUAUACUAAUGUGAAAAGUUAGCACAUCUGAGUGAACAAUCCCAAACAGAACAUCUGUGAUUGGACACCAGACCAGUAGCCUAGCCACGCUAUACCCAUGUUUCUGACGGCACAAGGGUCUAGGGACGCUCGACAGGGAGGGAGGCGGGCUAAAAGGUUGUCUAUCAAAUCCCUCUGCAGCAAUUGGGUAGGUAUACAAUCAAUCAACGCAACGAAUAGGCUGACGUAGUUCCGAGAGCACCGGCGGAUUGUGGCUAAGUCCCAUUAGCUUCCCAACCAGCGGAGCCAACUGGUAUAUUAAGGAUUUGCCAUAUCCCGUCGGCAUAAGUCCAAAUACGUCUUUCUUCUCAAUGAAACACUUCAGUGCCGUCCUUUGUUCAUCUUUCAAGUUGAAUUUUAGCUUCAAAUCUUUAAGGGCUGUGGCCAAAGCCGAGUCUAAAGAUAACUGUUUAUUGUGCGCCGGUUGUUUCUGUCAGAAUCGUCGCGCCUCUGUCGUCACUUCGUUACGCCCGCCUUCUGACUCUACACUUCAUGGUGAUUGGUCCGGCCAGUUUUAGGAGAAUCCAGCCUCGAGCCUUAUGGAGGGUAACUAGACCCACCCUGGCAGAGAAUUAAAUUCAUUGCCGUGGGUUGUCUAGCGCGGCUAGGCUACCAGACCAGUGCACCGGCGCUGGAAAACUGCAUGACCUCACUAAUUUAAGAUGCAUUUAUUUAGGAAAACAAAACUGGAUUUAGACUAAACAUGCUCAUUUGGAGCUCACCCGGUGUUGACAGAAACCCUUCACGCCUUUAAUGGGGACAUUCUGAGCUUAUGUUGAGAAAUAUUAGGACUUUUAUUGUGUAAGUUCACACUGCUCUCUGUGAUGCCUUUCACUUGCUAGAUCACCAUGGUAACAGAUGCUGCACAGCUAACUUCUGAGUUUGGGAUUCACAUGGGGUCUGAGGAAAAGGUGCAUUUGUUGGGGACUAUUUUUAGCUGCGGAUGAAUACACGUUUAUGGUAAUGAAGGAAUAUGUGUUGUUUUUUUUUUUUAAAAUAAUGAUCUAUCACGCUUUACGCACACAAUAUUUGUUAUUCAGAUUAAUUUAUUGUUGAUUUCUUUUUUUUAAUGGGAUUUGUUUCACUGUAAGAAUAAUAUAAAGCAGCUCCAGCCUUUUCCUUUUAACGCUAACAACUAAACCGUAAAACGUUGUUAUAGUGGGCUUUUAAUCAGCUUGAACAGGGUGCAGAUGGCAGGCUUGUUUAGUUUUUUACAUUUUUAUUACAUUUAAAGCAGGUUUACACCGAUGUGGAUGACUAUAUGAGCACAUAAGACACGUCUGUCUGUCGUUCACUGUCAGGUGUAGCAGCAGUAGAUUAAUCAUGUUUUUUUUUUCUCAGCAUGCUUCUCAUUCCUUGAUGCUACAGUGCCUUUUUACAUAGCUGGUGUAUUUUUAAUGGUGACUCACUAACACAGGAUAGUUUCACACCUUUUCAGGAACACGGAUGAUUUUUCAACUCUGUCGGCCGUUCAGAGGUUUGGAACAUCUCAAAAGCACCGAGCGUCUGACACGAUCAAAGUUUUACCACACUGAACACGAGUUCCAAUCAGAGACUCGUCUUUGGGUGAAUUUCACACAAUCACACCUCCAGUUAAGGUUUUAUCAAAGCUGUUUUAAGUGACUGAAAAUCAAAUACACUUUCAGGUACAAGCUAUAUUCCAGUAAACAAACCUCUUUCCCAGCAGAGGAUUUAUGAGUAAUUUUUAGAGGCUUGUCUUGCUGUGGGCCAAAUUAUAUCUUUAUUAUAUGUAUAAAUUAUUUAUACAUUGUGAUCAGGGGAUAAAUAAAUGUUUGAAUAUCAAA